GGCGAUGGCUCCCACGGCCGCGCCCCCGGGCGGGCAGCUCAUCCUCCAGAAUGGCGGCAGCGCUAGCCCGGCGGCGGCAUCGCUCACCAAGGCGGUGAAUCAGAGGGCCGAGGCCAUCGCGGAGGCGCACCGGGGCCGCGUGGAGGCGGAGGCGCAAGCGUAUCUGGAUGCCGCCACCAGGAAGGUCGAGGCCAGGGCGCAGAGGAUGCAGGACAAGGCGGAGCGGCAGCGGAUGCAGGAGGAGCAGCGCGCCCUCGAGGGUCGCAAGCGCGAGGAGCAGCGCGCGGAUCACGUCGUCCACGCCGCCGAGGUCCGCGCGGACAAGCUUCUCGCCAGGGCGCGCCAGGACUCGCACAAGAUUAGAUCACACGCGCACGAGCAAACGGAGAAAGCCAUCGCCGACGCUCUUACCAGAGCCGAACGGGUGAAGGCCGAGAUCGAGGAGGACAAGAAGCGAAGGCUCGCUGAGAUCGUGGAUCGCGUCCAAAACAUGAUCGUCAUUGGCGAGCUUCCGGAAGAGUACGAGCCCAAGGGCGUGGUCAAGAGAGUGAAAGAGAGGCUGGCUUGUUACAUAUAACUCGAGAAACCACACAAAGUUCCUUUGCUUUUUCUCGUGGACAAUCACAAACCUUGUCAAACGAUUGGCAUUGUAUAAAAACUAAUAGCGUUAUUAAUCCAAUUGAUCAAUUAGAAAUUUAUAAUUAUAAACACAAGAUUAGUCAUAUUGCAUAUAUGGUAGAACAAACCAACAAUAUUUUGAUAUAACAAGUUUAAGACAGCCUCAUCUUCAUUCUCAACGAUUGCAUUAAUUCCAAGACAAAUUUAAGCAGCAGUUCUUUUCUUCUUUUUUUUUUUCAUCUCUGAAAAUGGGACCAUCUUCGAUUUCUCGGCCCAUAAAAUCUCCUCACUCGUCGAACAAGAAGGAAAAGAAUCCUUUCUCCGCUGCUGGCUUGACAAUUACUCACUGUACAGCUUGUUUCGUCUCGUCGCGUUAUGGUGGUGACACUAAACCGGUUCUUAAGAGCAGUACCUGGAACGAUCCGUAAGGAGAGAGAUCAUCAUCGAUCCGAUUCGAUGCGAUGCUACGACGACUUUGAUGCGGCGCUCGCGCGAGCAAGAGACACUGGAGCUCCUCUCCCCGCCUCGUUACUGGGUCGUAGAAGUAGUAGCAGUAGAUAGAGAUGA